UGUUCUCACCUUGUCUUUGGUUUGCCUGCGGUCAGCCCGCAGCCUCCGCCCCGCUGGUCCCAAGGACGGAAACGUGGCGCAGAUGGAAAGCGGAGAAAGCAGAACGAGUCAGAAUCGUCCGGUUUUGAUGAAAACAAGUACAGGUCUUCUGACAACAGGCUGGACAGUUUUACAACACCAGAAGGCCCUGGACCCCUUUCCCGGUGUUCAGAUUGGGGAACUGCAGUGGAAGAAGAUGAAAUGAGGACCAAUGUUAACAAAGAAAUUGCAAGAUACAGAAGGAAACUGCUGAUAAAUGAAUUUUCAAGAGAAAGGAAGUCCUCCUCUGGAAGUUCCGAUUCAAAGGAGUCCACUGUGACUGUAGAACUUGAGACAGAUGAAGUGGUUUUGAUGAGAAGACAAAAACAGAUAAACUAUGGAAAAAACACAAUUGCCUAUGAUAGAUACAUUAAAGAAGUUCCUAGAUGCCAUCGUAUACCAGGAGUUCAUCCCAGAACUCCAAAUAAAUUUAAGAAGUACAGCCGUAGGUCAUGGGACCAGCAAAUUAAACUAUGGAAAGUUGCGCUGCAUUCCUGGGAUCCACCUACUGAAGAAGGAUGUGAUCUACAAGAAAUUAGUCCUGUUGACCUUGGUGAGAUGGAGACAGAAUCUGUCGGAAGCAAUUCUACUGAAUCUCAAACAAGCUGUCAAGAUAAUGAUGAUACCUGUUCUGGCACUCCCACCAAAGUUAGACAUGUUGACUAUCAAGGAGAAGGUACAUUUGACUUGGAAGCGUGUUUGAGUGAACCACUUAAAGAUUUCGAUACUGUGAGUUAAACAGUCUUGUGCAAACUGUUUUAGUGGAAGUUUCUUUUAAAUGUGAGAGAUUAGCUUGAUUCAUAAACUUCUAAUAGUAAGAAAGCUUAAGGAAAGUUGAAGACUGUUCUCUAAGUUGUGGUUGGUCUGCAUAUUCUCAGGACCAAACUUAUGUGAAAAUACAGUUAAGUUGUGUGACUUCUUCUUUUUAACUUUUAAUUUAUGUAUAUCAGAUUUUUUUAUAAAACCUUUCAAUAGAAUGGAAUAGCCAAAGGCAAUGCUAUCCUGAAGUAAUUAUAAAUUGUUCAGCAAGAUCUUACUGGGUUUUUUUUCUUCAUGUGUCUAUAAUUUCAGUUGUCUACCUGCAGAUCAAGAGCAAAGUAGGGAGAGGUUUUUGAGCAUCUGUAUGUUGCCUUGCUUUUCCAUCUGACUUUACUACAAGGAUCUGACUUGGAAGUAAUACCAAAAAAGUAAAACAAAGGCAGAUUCUUUUUUAUUUGCAAAAAUGUUUGUGAUUGGAAAUUAAAUACUCUCAAAAAUUGGAGGUCAGUAUGGUAAAGCCCAGGCAAUAAUGCCUUAAGAAGCAGUAGCCUGAAUUUGAAAUUUGUAAAUAGUCAUGAGUCAUAUAUUAAUGCAGUCAAGAAAACAAUGUGAGGUAAAGUGCUUGAUUCCUUUUAAUUUGCUGGUUUUUAAAUGUAAAACUGUUGUAAAUUAUAACACUGUACAGAUUUU